AUGUCUCACGCUGUCGCUACCUUGAAUCAAAACCGAAAAGCUCUCAUUGAGGCGCUGUCAAACACCAAAGGUGUCGGACGUAUUCUCGGUGGGAAUCAGGCCAAUUUUGUGCUCUGUGAGAUUCUUGACGAGGAGGGUAAACCAAGCAACACAAAAGCUGUCGAGGUGUAUAAGACAAUGGCAGAGUCAAGAGGUGUUGUGGUCCGAUUCCGAGGUUCUGAAAUAGGCUGUGAGGGAUGUCUGAGGGUGACUGUGGGUACCAAGGAAGAAUGUGAGGAAGCUGUCAAGCAGAUGUCCGCGUUACUUGCAUAG